UUUAAUCAUGCGUACAUUGUCUGUACAUACUGUUUAUCCAUAUUCAUUUUUAUUCUCUUAGCUAUGAACCAUGCAUUACCAUAUUUACUAGUUAUCCAUCUUCAUAUUGCAUUCUAUUAGGAAUUAUUCUGUUGACCCGGUUUUACGUUGCUAUUAACAAGUUGAAGUAAUUUUUUAGAUUAAUUUAAAACAUGUAUUUUUCAGUGAUAGUUAAAGCCAUCGGUCCUAGGUAUUUGGUUGGCUGUCGCAGUACAGUGGAUAAGGAAAAUCUAACUUCUGGCACUAGAGUGGUUCUCGAUAUGACGACUCUUACAAUCAUGAGGGCACUCCCACGUGAAGUUAAUCCUCUGGUGUAUAAUAUGCUUCAUGAAGAUCCUGGCAAUAUAAGCUACUCUGCUGUGGGUGGACUGUCAGAUCAGAUCAGAGAGCUGAGAGAAUCAAUAGAACUACCUCUGAUGAACCCUGAACUUUUCCUCCGUGUUGGAAUUAAGCCUCCAAAGGUGACUUGUUUAAUAUAA